UCCUCAAAGCAAAUAAUUUUUCUGGUGAUGAGAUUCUCUUUGUGCUGAGAAUUUAAGGCUAAUAUCACAUUGCCACACUUAAUCAAUGACCUGGGGUCUUUGUUUCCUCACCUAAAAAUUUUUUUUUCUUUUUUUGGCUCUGAAUCCUGUGAUCCUACAGUCUUUACUCUUAAGGAGUUUGCAAAUUAGGUGAGAAGUCAAAUCUAAUAUAACAUAACAUAAUACAAAAAAAUGACAGUAUAAUAACAUUGGAUAUGUAUCCUAAACUAAACUCUAAACUUCUGUAAAAGGUCAUUAAUGUAGGCUAGAAGAAUCAAGAUAGGGUUUCUUAGCACUCUUUCUGUGGGAAAGGAUGGCACUUAUUUUCUACCGGUGAGGAUAGAUAGGAACUGAAUAGGAAGAAUUAAAGGGGAGGAAUACAUGAUGGGAAGAUCUGAUUGAUUAAAAAGUAAGAAGGAAGGCAAUAUUUAUUUAGCACUUACUUGGUACCAGUGUGCUAAAUGCUUUAAAAAUAUAAUCUCAUCUGAUCCUCAUGACAAACUUGGGAAGUAGAUGUUAUUAUUAUAUCCAUUCUACAGUUGAGGAAACUGAGGCAGACAGGAUAAGUGAUUCACCCAUGGCCACACAGCUAGUCAGUGGCUGAAACCAUAUAUAAACUUAAUUCUUCCUAAUUCUAGGUUUCACAAGUCACCUACUGCACCAUCUACCUUGAUGUGAGAUAGCUCAAUGAGAAAAGAGCAGAGUAACUGGGGAGUACUGGGAAACAAAGUUUGAUAGGUAGUGUAACGAUCAGGUGCAAGUAAGAGGAUUUUUUUAGAACCUUGGCAUCAGGGUUGAGGGAGAAAAAACAUUGGUUGGAGAGCAAGGGAUUCUGGGAAAGGAAACUGACCUGAGAAAGAUCUACAGGGAAUUCUUGGCCUUUUGAGCUGAGUCCUUGACCUGGCAAAACCUGUUCCUGAGCUGAGGAACCAAGAACCACCAGAGAAUAUCUUGUUCCUGCAUUCAAGUUCUUCCACAAACCUAUCUGUCUGAUGUCUCCAACCACCUCUCAACUGAGAAGAUAUCUCAAACCCCAAAGGGUGGCUGCGGACUCACAUAGGAGAGAGUCCAGCUCCCUUGCCCUUCCAGCCCUCUUGCACCUAUCUAUUUAUAGAUUCUUUAGGCCAGAUAGAUACAUAAAAUAAUAGUGGGAUUGUUUAGUUGGGGGGAUGGGAUGAAGAAACCUGAGUCUGUGAUUACACACUGCUCAGGUGAGAGACCAUGUAGGAAAAACAUUAGGGUAACCAAACCCCCCUUUCCAUCACCCAACCUACCUAUAGAUUCAUCAAUAAAUCUUACAAACAACAGUCAGAUUUGCCAAGCCUCUUGAUUAUAUCUGAAAGGGCACAUGAUCCAAAUCAACAGAGAGCCACCAGGACUAUCCCCCUUUGAGGCAAAGCCUCCACCAGGGCUUGUCUCCAAAGCUUCUCUGUGCCAGAGGAACUGAGGCCAUCCUUGGAUUUAGUUGAUAGGGUGACCUGUCUUCAACUCUUUACCACCGCUAUCUUCAGGGAACCUCAAUAUACCUUGUGUAGUAACUGACAACUACCUCUCUCUUACGAGGUGGGGAGAGGAGAACAGAGGCUAAUCCAUUCAAGCUUUAGCUUUCUCCCUCAUAUACAGAUUCUUUUCCUGAAUCUCCUUGAGAACUCCACUGAUAUACCAUCAAAAUCAGUGGAGAGAACCUUCAUCUUUACCUCAGUAACCACUAUUCUUUACAGCAAUGAAAGGUCAAAUUAUUCAUUUCAUUCAGGUAAUUAUUGAGGGGCAACUUUGCUCAUUUCUUCGUCCUGGGAGGUAAGGGGAAAACAAAAUAAACGGAUUAGUCCAUUCAGUUCAACAGUUAACUAAACCCUACAUGCAAGAUGGUGUGUUUGAUGCUGGAGUUACAAACAUGAAAAAUGAUACAAUCCUUGGCCUCAAGGAGUUUACAUGAUAAGAGAGGAUACAAUGCAUACCCCUAUGACAAUAGUGAAGGUUAGGUAUUAGUUAUACAAGUGAUGGUGCUGCCAAAAUUAUACCCACUGAUACUUUGGCUCAUUCCUUUUCCAUACUUUACAUUAGGCAACUGGGAGUCACAGCAGUAUAGAAUAAUGGACCCAGAGGCAGAAAGACCUGAAUUCAAAUCCUAUCUCAGGUACUAGUUGUGUGACCCUGGGCAAGUCACUCAACCCUGUCCUCCUCAGUUUCUUCCUGCAAAAUGGAAAUAACAGUACCUACUUCAUAAAGUUGUGAGGAUAAAAUGAGAUAAUAGUUAUGAUACACUCUAUAAAUAUCAAAGAACUAUGUAAACUCUUCAUCAUCACCAUCAUCAUCAUCAUUUUUUUUCUUCCAGAAAGCAGAGGCUGGUCAAGUAAUUAACUAACCUGCUUGGAAGUAUAGUACACAUUUUGGCCACCAACUGAUGGGCCAGCAAAUCAGCGACUAUGUCAGAUGAUUGUUGUUGUUUUGUUUCAGUCAUAUCCAAUUACUUGUGACACCAUUUUGGAGUUUUCUUGGUAAAGAUACUGGAAAAGUUUACUAUUUCCUUCUUCAGUUCAUUUUUGUAGAAGAAGAAACUAAGCAAACAGUGUUAAGUAGUUUACUCAGUGUCACACAGUUACUAAGUGUCUGAGGUUAGAUUUGAACCAGUGAAGAUGAAUCUUCUUGACUCCAAAGACUGUGCAUGACACCUAGCGGCUCCAACAUCAGAUUAGAGAGCACUUAGUCCACAUGUACAGUUUUUCCUUAUAACAGAAGUUCCCCUGACUACUCACUAGGUGGUGCUUUAACUACAGUCAAUCCAAUUUGGGGUUCUGAUUCUAGAGCUAUGAUUUGGAAUAUGUUCAACGAUGCCUCAUCUAGGAAAUGAUCUCAUUUCUGCUCUGACUCUUCAUUUCUCAUGUUUAUAUUCUGUCCUUUUCAUUCAAUCUCAUUUGUGGAGUUGCCAACUACAAAUGGUGUCAUAUGAUAAAGAGUUUGGGGCAAUAAGAUCAGUUCUCCUCCCCCAAAUCCUUCUCUAGCCUGUAGAAUAGAAGAAAAAUUGGGAAAAUUAUGAAAUUUGCUCAUUCAUAAUUGCACUGAGGAAAUAAGCAGGGUAGGUGGGGCAAGAAAUACUGGAAUUAGUACCACUUCUCACCAUGACUAUGAUUCACAGCAUAGCCUAUACCCAUUCUGCUUCAUUGGGACUUGUCUCUCUGCUCCAUAUAAUUCUGUAUGCCUUGGGUCCAAGGUGCUCUUUAGCUCUUCAUAGUUCCCCACAGUUCUCCUGGAGCGGUCUCAGUUCUUGUUUUGUUCUGUUUUGCUCAGCUGCAGAGAUAGUACCUGUGGGGCACCUCCACCAUUUCAGCUGCUUUAAAGGAAAACUCAACCCAGAAUUUAGAAUAGCAUCUCUUUUCUGCCCGAGGCCCAUGAAACACCAGCUGACAUAAAUUUAAGUAUUCUCAGAAAUGUCUGACUGCCUGCAUUUCCAGGUUCCCUGUACCUUAUUCAUCCUAUACAUUUCUGGAACACUUAGAAAAGACACACAAAUAAGCAAUUAAACAGUGUGGUGGAUAAAGUGUUGGACCUGGAUUCAGGAAGACCUGACCUCAAAUCCAGUUUCAGACGCCUUUGAGCUAUAUGACCUGUAAAUGAAGACAUUUGAGAAGUGACAAAUGCAUUUGCAAAAAGAAAAGGAGCUCAGAACUUUGUGAAACGCCAAUCAACUGAGAUGGGGAGACAGUUCCCAUGGAACCUUGGGGAAAAGCAGUUAAGAAGCUUCAGCUGGCUGAGGGGAAUUCUUUCUCUGGCUGUUUGACCAGAAGGUGGAAGACAGACUACUCUCUAGCCAUUCAUAAGACUGUGAGCUGAAAAGACAUUAGUCCAGAAGUAACUUCUGUAUAGAGAAUGGAUUGGAGAGUAGAAAGGCUGGAAGCAAGGAAUCAGGAAGUUGCAAUGAUUCAGAAGUUCAUCAUCUCAAGAAUGAGAGCCUGUGAGAAAUACCUCAGAGUCAUCAUUAAAGACCAUCAAUUCAUCAGUUUUCACUGUGCUAAAGAGAGUACAAGAAUUUUCAAAAAUAGUCAUGGAAAGAAAUUAUUUGAUGGAAGAAGGGAGUUGGAAUACGAUAUUAUCACCACCUGGGACAGUCUUCCAGUGGCACACAGACCUGUAACUUUCCACUUCAAACCAGGGGAUCAAGGAUUACUGAUGGAAGUGAGUGCUCCUUUCUUUGAUGAUCCUCUAGCACCACCUGGUGCCCCAGGCCAACCUUUUAAUGGACUCUGGGAAUAUGAAGUUGUGGAAGCAUUUUUCCUAAAUAGUACAACCAAAGGAUACUUGGAAGUAGAGCUUUGCCCGCAUGGACAACACCUGGUCCUUUUGCUCUCCAGUGGUGAUGCUUUUGCAAAAGAGCUGGAUUUAAAUUUUAGAGCUGACAUACACGGGAAAGAAUGGAAUGGAACUGCACUUCUUCCUUGGGAAUAUUUUCCACCUGGAAUUGACAAGAUGAAUUUAUAUGCCAUCCAUGGGUCUGGGGAUAGAAGAACUUAUGAGGCUCUUUAUCCAAUACCAUGUGAAGAAAUUGCAGCUGGACAAGGUCCCAAUUUCCAUCGCCUGGAGUAUUUCAAACCCUUCGAUUUGAAGUGGGUGAUGGGAGAUGACUGGGAGCAGCCCCAUUCAAAGCUGUGGCCUUAGCUUUGUUCAACUGAUUUUCCACCUCACAGAGAUUGCUUCAAAGCCCAGAGAAAGCCAUGGAGCAGAUCACAACUCCACUCAACUUUUUGCCCUUUGAUAGCAUCAUGGAAAAGAAAAUCUUUGUCCAUCAUUUACUGCCAAUAAUGUGACAAUAUAUGGGAAAUAAAACAUCUAUUUGAAGGAGUCUUUAAAAAAACUUGAACACUGAACAUCAAUACAACUUAUUAUUCUAACCAAGGUGGGGCUUUGCCUUAGGCAGGGCAGAAAAAAUUAAGGUGUGCUAAAGUGAUCUCCUGGAGCAUGAGGGAGACUACUAGAGUGCGGACUCCAGAAAGCUUGGCUCUACUCUUCCACCAGGGCACCUGGGAAAGUUAGAACUCCAGUUUCUCUAUAUCUUAGUGAUUCUAAUUACCCAAAUACCACCUCAUCUGAUAGACAUAGAGUUGGGAAAUGAAGCCAGGUGGUUCUAAUCUUGAAAUCUAGGUAUAGGGAAAUAAAAAGCUGUUUUCUCUAGCAGAGUCUUGGCUGUUGAUAACUUAGAUAGGGGAUGAGAGACUUGGAUUAGAGAAUCCUAACUGGUAAGCACCCUUUGCCUUCUGGUUUGUGAGGGAGAAGAAAGUAAAUCAUAUAUAUGCCUAAGACUGUUCUCUCUCCUGCUCAAGUUUGGACUCUUUCCUUCUAUAACUGGAUUUCCUCAAGAGCAAAAGGGAAUGGGAGAAGAUGGGUGUUUGGUCUGCCUAUAGAUAGACACAAAUGGGCAUAGAGGUUGACACUUGCUGAUGAUCCUACUUGAGACUUCACACAAUUACAAUUUUUGACCUGAGUUGGACUGCCAUGUUGGUGUUGGUAGUCAAGCCUUAACUCUUGCUCUUGUACAGCCUUCAUGAACAUCUUAAUAGACAGCUCUAACCCUUUGCCAUUCUCUGCCUUGAUGCUAGUCUUGCUUACUAUCAGAAUGAAAAGAGUGUUGGAUAGGCCAAUAGGGAUGGUGAUUCAGAAGGGAGGAGUUGUGGAGAAGGGUAUCAAGCUUUUCUCAUCCUGUGAAGACUAUCUUGGACCAGGCAUCCGUGGACUAACUAGUGAUUUGAUAGCAAUGUACAUAACUUUAUUUUAUUUUCUUUAUUACAAAUUUAAAACACUUACCUUCCAUUUUAGAAUCAAUGCCAUGUAGUGGUUCCAAGACAGAAAAUCUGUAUAGGCUAGGCUUUGAGGGUUAUAUCUUGCCCUGCUUUUUAAAAUAGAAAACUCUCUACUAUCUUGACUAACUCCUAGAAAAAAUCUAUGCUUAUUCCCCUUUCUUACUCUCCUCCCAUUCACCUCCCAACCCAUUGCAAACUUUGAUUCUGAAUCUCUCCUCUCAGCUGAAACUUAGAUUUGACAAUUUAGAGAUCCUUUAAAAACCUCUUUUCCCAAAGUUAUCAAGGACUUCUAGGCUGUUAAAUAUUUUUUUCCCCCUUAGUUCUCUUUUUUGGAUCUCUUUGCAGAUUUUUGGCAUUGUUGACUGCUCCUUUCUCUUGGAUUCAGGUUUAGUUUUCCUUCUACCUGUCUGGCUACUCUUUCUACAUCUUUGCUGGAUUAUCCUUCCUAAGUGUUUACAUUGCCCAAGUCUCUGUCCCAGGUCCCCUUUCUCUUUAUAUACCCUAGGUCUCAGGAACCUUAUUAGUUCCCAUGGAUUCCAUUUUUAUUCCUUUUGUAAUUGAUUUCCAGAUCUGUAUAUAUACAAUACAAUAUAAACAUUUCUUAAGUAUCCACUAUGUGCUUGGAAUUAUUCUAAGUGCUGAGGAUACAAGUAAGAAAAAGAUAUACCUUCUUCUUAUAAUCGCUAACUUUUUCUAUGCUGUUUUUUAUUGAACCUGCUAUUACAAGUGUGUUUUCCAUACACACAUAGACUUACCUGUUUACAUGUACCUACCCAGGAAAAUGUAAAUGCCUUGUGAUCAGAGAAUUUUUGUUUGUUUUUCUUAUCUAUUUUGCCACACCCAGAGAGUUGUCCUGGACAUUUUCAGGGGAGGAGAUCUACCUGCUGUAGGGAAGGGUGUCAUCUUGGGUAAUGGAGAAUGACUUGGAGAGCUUUAUUUUUUCUCAUCAUACUGUGAGACACGGAUGGAUCUGUGAGCACAUUGAUGUGAUCCCAGCAUUAGAACAGAUCAUGACCCAUCCACAUCCUUUCAACCCAUGUGAUUCUUUGUUCAUGAUCUUUUAGAAUCCCUCCCUCCCACCGAGAGUAUCUAUGAAACUCAAUGGAAGCCAUUUUCUAGGGAGACCUAUAAUUAGGAUUUUUUAAAAUCUAUGUCAAGCACUACAGAUUGACUUGGGGCUCAAGGGGAAGAGAAUAUUCUCAGUUGAAGUGUGUGUGUGUGUGUGUGGGGGGGGGUAGAUAGGACAUAACUUCACACUAGUAGUGGCAGUGUGGGAGAGAGAGACCCCAGGACUCCUGUAUAAAGCUGCUACUGGGGAGGCUAGAGCAGAGAGUAGGAGCAGGACAGCAUUGGAGAGGGGCUCGCCCAAGCCAGCCAUCUGGUAGCUUCCAGUUUUAGCCAAUUUUUCUUGUUAGCUUAGUGUUAGAUUCUAAAGGUCUGCAAAUGUUGUCAAUGCCCCUUAUAACAACUACCACUUUUAUAGUGCUUUAAAGGAUCGAAGGCAACGUGCUUUAAAAAUAUUAUCUCAUUUUAUCCCUACAACAAUCCUGGGAGGUAGGAACCAUUCUGUAGAUGAGGAAAUUGACCCAGACCCAGGUUAAGUGACUUGCUCCGGCCACACAGUCAGUAAGUUUCAGGGCUAGAUUUUCUGUUCAUCAUACUCUAAAGACAGCACUUUCUAAAUUCAGUUCCCUUUAAAUUUGGAAGCCUGGAACAAAAUCCCAGUUGCCUUUCCGCAGUUACAACUCUUCUCUGGACUUUUAACAUUUGCCAAUACCAGUACUUCACUCGGACUAUAUCCAUCUGUUCUUUCUUAUUCUCACUAUAUUCCUGGCCCACCUUAAACGAGGUCUUGGGAACUUUAAAUGAAAGUGUGUGUAAAGUUUUCUUUGCAGAGAGUUAUUAACUGAGGGACUCUGGAUUAAUUUAGCAGCCAGGUCUGUUCUUUCAGCCAUAAGCCAUGCUGUCAGGGAAACUUAAUUACACUUUAAGUGGGAUGCAAAUGAGUUGUGACACUACAUCAUUUCACAUGAAAGGUUCAUUACUUACAUUAACUUGCACAAUGCUCUCUCCUAAGCACAGGCUCAUUACAAUAUUCCUGGGAUUUUUUAAACAUGGCUAAAUGCAGGCAGGGUCUUUACUUUUAAUCGCCUUCUCCUUUCUUAAUCGUUAAGACUACAAAUGUUCACUUUAUUUAAUGGUUGUGAAUUGGACGAGUGGAUAUACGAACACACCAGGACUGGUAGGAAGAAGGCUAAGCAUAGCAUCUGUCUAAACCAGCAGCGAAUUCUUAGCUCAAGGUUGUCCUUUGAAAUCAACCUAUAUGGGGGCAUCCCUACAAAUGGCCAGGGAAAAAACUGUAAGAUUCUGAUAGAAACAUUUAAAGGAAUUUCAACAUAGACCCUCAUGAGGUUUUUCUGAGGAUGAACUGGGAGGGAUAAAUAUUUAUCAAUUGAUCAUCAGUGAUUAAGUUCCAUUGUGUGCCAGGGACGGUGUUCUAGACAGGGGAUAUGAAGACAAAAGAGAAACGAUAAAUCUUUGUGGAUCUUACAUCCUGAACUUGAAGGGAUAUCUAGUCUAAGCUCUUCAUCUUACAAAUGACAAAACUGAGGCCCAUGGCCAUAUUGGUGCUAACUGAUGGAUCUGUUUUGUGAACCCAAGUCUUUUGCCUUCAGCUUUAGCACACGUUCCAGUGUAUCAGCUGCACACAGGAUGACAAUGUUCUACAGUGAUACUCUUUGAACGCUGAGGAAUAAAGAUGGGUAAUGUUUGGAGGCAGAGGACUUGGGCUCAAAAAUCCAGCUUGAAACCUUAACUGUGAGACCUCUGGGACCUUUCUGUACCUUCCUGUCUCAGCUGCUUCAUUUAAAAAAGUAGAUGAUCUUUACUAGCUCUAACUCUGUGAUUCCAUUCACUAAAACUAAUAAUUAUUUACAAAUUUCUGGGAGGGCAUUCAUUUAAAAAAACCCCAAACAACAAGAAUAUUGAGGAAGGGCUAACCUUCCUCAAGCUUCAUUUGAUAACUUAUUUCUAUAGUACUUUGUUUUCAAAGCAUUUUCUUUAGAACAACUUUAUGUGCAUUUUACAGAUAGGGGAAUUUUAUAGAAGAGGAAAUCUAGACAUAGAAGUAUAGUCACACCUAGGCAUGUAGGUGGUAUAGUGGAUAGAGAACUUGGGCCAGAAGUCAGGAAGACCUGAGUUCAAAUCUGACAUCAGAUUUGUGUGAUCCUGGGUGAGUUGCUUGACCUCUGUUUGCUCCUGUUUCUCCAUCUGCAAAAUAGGGAUAAUAAUAGCAUCUAUCUUGCAGGGUUAUUGUGAGAAUCAAAUGAAAUAAUCAUUUUAAAGUACUUGGCACAUAGUAAUUACUCUAUAAAUAGCUAUUGUUAGCUAUUAUUUUAAUUUAAUUUUUUUCCUUCUUCAGACACUAUUUUUUUCCAUUUUUAUUGUUAUGCAAAACAGACUUCUAUACUGGUCACUGUUGUAAGAGCACACUCAUAUAUAAUCAAAACCCCAAACUAAAAAAAUAGAUACCUGAUGUGAAAGAUGACUUCAAAGGUUCUUUCUCUAGAGGUGGAUAGCAUUCCUCAUCAGAAGUCUUUCAGGAUUGAUCCAUGUCAUUGUGUUAUGGGGUUCAGAUGUGUACCCCUGGGGUUC